CCAUCUUCUACGACGACCAAGUGAAGAGCAAUCUCCUCCGCGCGGUAUAAGCACGCAUUUUCCUCAGCAUAUAAGCCUGUGCUCGACGUUUUGACAUUUUUCAUCGCGUUCACACUUCCACAAGCCUGUCAUGAGCCGCGCCACUAGGGCCCGGAGGGGUGCUACGAUGCAGUCUACUCAGACAGGUCGACCUUCAACAGGCAAAGCAUCUUCUUCCCGUGCUCCUGUUCGGAAGGCUAGUCCGGAAGCUGGCCCUUCCGGGACUCGCACUCCUACGGACGGACAGCAGGCCACCGCCCCGCCUCGCACUCCCGAGAAUCGGAACAGGCCUCCCAACAGUGGUCCACUUCUGCACACUCCCAUGGCAAGAAACGAGAACUCGAGUCAGGAGUAUGGGUUUGAUGGUGUAGAGGCGGAGAAACGUUAUCUGCGUCUAGCUGACGAGGCUCAGGACUGGACACUCGGCCCAAUGCCUGUCGUGGAUUUCUGCAAUAGUCUAUGUCCUGGCUUCAAGGAGAUGUCAUUUGAGGGCAUGCCUCCCUCUGCGGGAGCCUUUGCGGAUGUUCCUAAGCAAGCCGAGAAGGAACAGGAACUCUACGUUCCACUUAUUACCGCGGUGAAUGGUCAGGGCGAUGAAUGCAGAUGUCCAGGAAUCACGUUCAAAGAUACAUCGUCACGGGCGGAGACUUCGGGUCCCGGUGUGCAGAAGCCAGAUCUUUGCGGCUACCGAGAUGGUGUAGAGGUUCCCGAGAAGAAAAGCAAGAGCAGUGCGGCUGUUGCUCAUAUGGGCUACGCGGAAAUAUUCAUUGAAGUGAAACGCAGCGUAGCGGUCGACUUUUUCACGGAUCCCCCGAAGAAUGUGGAACGCUCAACGCACCAGUUCAUCCUUAAUCAUUCGUCGUUGAAAAACAAGGAUAUUGCAAAGAGAGCUCUCGGGCAGAAUAUUGCAUAUGCUACGGAGAUUCUUGCCCGGCAGCAUCGCCACUCCCUCUUCUCGUUGUCCAUGUCGGGCUCCCAUGUUAGAUUGUUCUACUGGGAUCGUGGCGGGAUGAUUGUUACGGAAUCUGUCGAUCUGCAUCAGGAUCCCGAGUUGGUGUGUAGGUUCUUGUGGUGGUUCGGCCAUGCUAGCGAUCAUGCCCGAGGCUUCGACAUGACGGUGGAAUGGGCUACGGAUGCAGCGGAGGAGGAAACGUUCAAGAAGGCGAUUGCUCAGCACGUCAAGGAGCAGUUGCUGCUCUCUGCUUCGGUUGAGGACGUUAUGCGCCCACCAAAGAGGAAGAAGGGAAAGGCAGCAGUCGAGGGACAAAUCCCAGAAGAUCAGGAACGACUGAAACGGGGUUUGCGCGAGCACUACGAGCCGGGCAAAGUCGCAGUCAUUCACGUGUUCGAGGAGGCUGGCGAGCAAGGCACCACCGAGGUUCGACCGGUCCGCUAUCUCGUUUCAUGCCCUGUUGUAUCGCCCAUGUCGGUUGCAAGUCGAGCCACGCGCGGAUAUUGGGCGAUGGCUUUGGAUGGCAGCGUCAGGUUUCUGAAGGACACUUGGCGCUAUCGGGAUAAAAAAGAAGAAAUACAGCCGGAAGGAACCAUUCUGGAAGGCUUGAAACAGUACGAAAUACGGAAUGUGCCCAAAGUUAUGCACCAUGGUGAUGUGAAGCUAAGUAGUGAACAUGAUACAGAAUAUCAAGAGACGCGUACACACGAGUUCGUCAAAGCUCCGUGGUUGUGUAAAGGCACUGGUGUAGUUGGAAAGUCUCGAGAGAUCACGGUUUCGCGGCACGUGCACUAUAGAGUCGUUUUGGAUAUCGCUGGCUACAGCCUACCCCAUCUUCAGAGCUCGAAGGAGCUUCUUCGCAGUACCCAUGAUGUUCUCGAUGCAAUGACGGAUGCCUACAAAAAGGCCAAGAAGAUUCACCGCGAUCUAAGUGUAAGAAACAUCGUUUUGUUUAGGAAGCCUGGCGAGGAUAGAAGGACCGGAUAUCUAAUAGAUUGGGAGUUCUGCUGCGGCAUCAAGCGUGCUCCAAGGGGCCGCAAAUGGCACAUCACUGGCACCUGGCAGUUCAUGUCGGUGAACGUCCUGACUAAAUCUAACUAUCUGCACGUUAUCCAGGACGACAUGGAGUCUUUACUCUACGUAGUCCUCUACUGCGCUGCACGAUGGCUGGGUCAUAAUCAAUCUGGGGAGGACCUGGAGACCUUCUUCUCUGAGUUCUUCGAUGAACACCUCGUCAUCGGCGGAAAGGAUAAAGGCGGUCUACGGAAGAUAGCGAACAAGGUUGAGCGGUCCCAAACUUCAGCCUUCAAGUUCAAACCUCCUGCCUUGCACCGUUGGUUGAACAAAGCCAUGAAUUUGAAUUCUCCGGAAAACACAUACAAGAAGGGUGGGUACCCGAGAUCCUGGACUCUCGCUAAUUUAGCGCGGAUGUCGGAUGAGAUCUUAAACAUGCGGUUCCCUGUUAAGCCGGAUAGAGUAGAACGCAAGAUUCACAAUGUUGCUGCCGAACGGCCACCUUUCCGAGCCACCACUACUUCCAUGGGCCGCAGUCUCGCUGUUGCUCAGAACGGAGAGGAAGACGACGAGGGCGAUGAAUCUGAGCCAGUGGUUGGCAAGGGAAAGCAACGCGCUGUGGAUACACGCUCUAGGCGGGGGCAGAAACGCGUGGCAGAAACUAUCGCUGGGAAGGGCAAACAACGCGCCGGGGAGCCAAGCUCCAGCAGAUCGAAGAAACGCCGCGGCGAAGAACCUGUCAUGCUGGACGACAGCGAGGUUGACGAGGGUGUCGUACAACAGGACGAGGACUCGAUGGACGUCGAUGAGCAGGAAGUCACGGAAGCUAUCCACGAACGAACCAGCCUCGGCAAACGUCGGGCGUCGAUAGCGGUCGACGACGAACGGCCAUUGAAGAAGACGAAGACAAAGCCAGGAAAGUCGAGCGCCAAGGCCGGCACAAGUGGGCAACGCUCGCGCACACACCAGCAGACCUCCGCGGAAGCUGGUCCCAGUCGCCGGUCACCUACUCCCCCGCCUCGACCUCAGCCGGACAGCUCUCGCUCCAAGACGCAGACACUGCAGGGACAACAUACGACCUUGCGUCGGUCGGCCCGGAUAGGUGCUGCGGCACAGUCCACGACUCUCGGUGCAUCAAAGCCGGUUGUACGUCGGCGUACCUAGAAGCCUUCUAGUCGCUGUGGCUAUUCGAACGGGACUAAUGAGAACGCUUGCUAUGGAUAGGGAAGUUUGGUCUUUGGGGCAGUAGUAUGGGAGUUACUUCAAGCAAGCUGGGUGGUGUUCCGAACUGACUCGUGUAUAUGGAUCCUGUCGAAGGUUUCAGGAGUUUCGGGAUGCAUGCUCAGACAUUGGAUGGGUAGGAUCAAUAGUAUUGUACUCGUGAAAGCGAAUUGUUGCAUCAUGUCUGACGUCUGACUUGUAUUACUGGCAAGCGAUGAAUGUGUGCUACUUUAUGUACGUUGUGAAUGCUCAUCUUUGCUGAUCAACAUUACACAUAAUGUACAGCUAAUAUUUUGACGCAG